AUGAGUGCAAGAAUUACUCAAGUAGGCAACUUGGAGAAUGUUUUUGAAGAUGAUUCGAAUUCAAAGGGAACUAACAGUAGUACAGUUGGGGGUUUUGAUAUGGAACAAGUGAAGGCUGGAUUGCCAGAUGAAAUGGUGAAAAGGAUUCCUCCAUGGACAAAGCAGAUCACUUUCCGAGGAGUAAUUGCUAGCAUCAUGAUUGGGAUCAUUUACAGUGUGAUAGUGAUGAAGCUGAAUCUCACCACAGGACUGGUCCCUAAUCUCAAUGUAUCAGCUGCACUCCUUGCCUUUGUGUUUAUUCAGACAUGGACAAAGCUGCUUCAGAAGGCCAAUUAUGUUUCUGCCCCUUUCACCCGGCAAGAGAACACAAUCAUUCAGACUUGUGCAGUUGCUUGCUAUAGCAUUGCUGUUGGAGGUGGUUUUGGAUCUUAUCUACUGGGCUUAAACAAAAGCACAUAUCUACAAGCUGGAGUUGAUACUGAGGGAAAUGUAGCAGGGAGCUACAAGGAACCUGCACUUGACUGGAUGAUUGGUUUCCUUUUUGUCACCAGCUUUGUUGGCCUUUUGGCUUUGGUUCCUCUUCGAAAGAUCAUGAUAAUUGACUACAAAUUAACAUAUCCUAGUGGAACCGCAACUGCAGUCCUCAUCAACGGCUUCCACACUCCCAAGGGAGACACCAAUGCCAAAAAACAGGUUAGGGGUUUUGUGAAAUUCUUCUCCAUUAGUUUCCUGUGGGGCAUGUUUCAGUGGUUCUACACUGGUGGGGAGAAUUGCGGCUUCAUUGAGUUUCCAACCUUUGGAUUGAAAGCUUGGAAACAGACAUUCUUUUUUGAUUUUAGCACGACGUAUGUUGGGGCAGGGAUGAUCUGUUCCCACCUUGUCAAUUUGUCUUUGCUGUUUGGAGCAGUUCUAUCAUGGGGCAUAAUGUGGCCACUGAUACAUGCUCACAAGGGAGAUUGGUUUCCUAAAACUUUAAGUGAAAGCAGUAUGAAGAGUUUAAAUGGUUACAAGGUUUUCAUUUCUAUCGCUCUUAUAUUAGGAGAUGGUUUAUACAACUUUCUCAGGACACUUUUCUUUACUGGUCUAAGCAUACACAAAGCAUUGAAGAAUAAGGCUGCCAUUACAGAUGAUGCAAAUAACAAAAGUCAAUCCCUUGAUGAUCUUCAAAGAAAUGAAGUGUUCAUGAGAGAGAGCAUUCCUGUAUGGAUAGCAUGUGUUGGUUACGUGUUGUUCGCCACUGUCUCCAUCAUUGUAAUCCCUAUCAUGUUUCCGCAGCUCAAGUGGUACUUUGUUCUCGUGGCGUACGUUAUAGCCCCAUCUCUAAGCUUCUGCAAUGCUUAUGGUUCUGGUCUAACCGAUAUGAACAUGGCUUACAAUUAUGGGAAAGUAGCCCUAUUCGUUCUUGCUGCAUUGACCGGAAAAAAUGAUGGAGUCGUUGCAGGGCUAGUCGGAUGUGGCCUAAUAAAGUCCAUAGUAUCUAUAUCCUCCGACUUAAUGCAUGAUUUCAAGACUGGCCAUCUCACGCUCACUUCUCCCAGGUCAAUGCUCAUUAGCCAAGCGAUUGGGACUGCCAUCGGCUGUGUUGUAGCGCCUCUAACAUUCUUCCUCUUUUACAAAGCCUUUGAUGUUGGGGAUCCCGGCAGCAAAUACAAAGCACCCUAUGCAAUCGUUUACCGCAACAUGGCAAUUCUCGGGGUUGAAGGAUUCUCUGCGCUGCCCCAACAUUGCUUGCAGCUCUGUUAUGGGUUUUUUGCCUUUGCAGUUGCGGCAAACUUCACAAGGGAUGUAACCCCUAAAAAGUUUGGGAAAUGGGUGCCACUCCCAAUGGCUAUGGCUGUUCCAUUUCUAGUUGGUGCUAAUUUUGCGAUUGACAUGUGCGUGGGCAGCUUGAUUGUGUAUGUUUGGCACAAGAUUGAUACCAGGAAAGCCAGCUUGAUGGUUCCUGCAGUUGCUUCUGGUAUGAUAUGCGGAGAUGGAUUGUGGAUCCUUCCUUCAUCACUUUUAGCUUUGUUCAAAAUCAACCCUCCCAUUUGCAUGAACUUUUUGCCUAGAUUAAGCUCUUAA